UCCCCGCCAUCGCCAAACUUUCCGCUGGCUCCCGGCCGCCGCCGGCGCUGCCUCCCUGGCACAUGGCACCGGCACCCCGGGGCUGAGCCCUGCCGCCACCCCCGGGGCGGGUGACGCUGCCACCGCCGACUACCGCCGCCGGCAGGAGACGGGGACCCGCUACCGCCGUCACCACCGCCAUCGCCGCCGCCGCCGCCGCCCGGGAGGACGGGGCAGAGCGGAGGGUGGCAGCCGGGGGGAGCGGCGCCGGUGCCCAUGUGCCUGCGGUCCCGGCGGGGCGAUGAAGCGGCGAUGACGAUGGCGGCCGGCGAGGGGACCCUCCGGCCCUGGAAACCGGACCCGGGGCAAGCAGAAGGAGGUCGGCCGCCGCCCCCGGGGCCAUCGCUGCCCUUGACCCUCACCGUCCUGGCCUGGGUGGGCACCGGCACCACCAUGGCCGGCCUCAACAAAUGGAUCUUCGCCGCCCACGGCUUCCGCUACCCGCUGCUGCUCUCCUCCCUCCACAUGCUGUCGGGGGUGGCCGUGGGCUACCCCCUGGACUGGGCACGGGGACCCUCGCCCCCGGCCCCCCGGCCCCGCGCCAGGAUCUACCUGCUCAGCCUCACCUUCUGCACCAGCGUGGCCUUGGGCAACCUGGGCUUGAGCUACGUGCAGCUGGACGUGGCGCAGGCGGUGGCCACCACCACCCCGCUGAUCACCCUGCUGCUGUCGGGGCUGCUGGGGGUCCGGCGGCACCACCCCCUGCAAUACGCCGCCAUGGGGCCCGUCUGCGCCGGGGCCGCCUGCAGCAUCGCCGGUGGCCUCCGCUUCUACCAGCCCGGCUGCGGCUUCCUCCUGGCCGCCACCGUCCUCCGCGCCCUCAAGUCCAUACAGCAGAGUCUGCUGCUGCAGGAGGACCGUCUGGACGCCCUGUCCCUGCUCUGCCUGACCUCCCUGCCCAGCUUCUGCCUGCUCUUCGGGGCGGCCGUGGCGCUGGAGCUGGGUCCCUCCUGGGAGGGCGUCCUGGGCUACGACAGCACCCUCUGGGCCUGCGUCCUGCUCAGCUGCCUGGGCUCCGUCCUCUACAACCUGGCCACCUUCUGCGUCCUCUCCCUCACCUCCGCCCUCACCGUCCACGUCCUGGGCAACGUCACCGUGGUGGGCAACCUGCUCCUCUCCCGCCUGCUCUUCGGCAGCCACCUGAGCGGGCUCAGCUACCUGGGCAUCGGGCUGACGCUGGCCGGCAUGUUCAUGUACCAGCAGCCGGACCUCAUCGCCGCGCGCUGGGGGGCACGGCCGCGGCAGGGACACCCCCGCGGGGAGUGAGGGCCACCGGGGAUGGGGCGGACAGGGAGCCGGGGGGUGCACGGGUGUGCUGGUGUGCACGGUGUCAUGCAUACGUGUGCUGGGGUGCACACACGUGUUCAUGGUCCUGUGUGCACGGCUGUGUGCGUGCACAUGUGCUGGUGUGCACGGCACUGUGUACACACACGUGUGCUGGUGAUCAUGGUCCUGUGUGCACAGCUGUGUGCGUGCACGUGUGCUGGUGUGCACGGCACUGUGUACACACACGUGUGCUGAUGUUCGUGGUCCUGUGUGCACGGCUGUGUGUGUGCAAAUGUGCUGGUGUGCACGGCACUGUGUGCACACACAUGUGCUGGUGAUCAUGGUCCUGUGUGCGUGCACGGCACUGUGUACACACACGUGUGCUGAUGUUUGUGGUCCUGUGUGCACACACGUGUGCUGGUGUGCAUGACUCUACGUGUGCAUGUGUGUGCUGGUGUGCAUGGCACUGUGCACACGGGAGUGUGCUGAUUUGCACAACUCUGUGCACACGUGUGCUGGUGUGUACGAAUCUGUGUGUAGGUGGGCUGGUUUGCACAUGUGUGCCGGUGUGCACGGCUCUGUGCACACGUGUGCUGCUGUGCAUGGCACUGUGCACAUAGGAUUGUGCUGGUGGGCACAGCUGUAUGCGCACAUGUGUGUCAGUGUGCAUGGCACUGUGCACGCGGGUGCGCUGAUGUUCACAGUCCCGUGUGCUCAUGUGUGUGCUGGAGUGCACAGCAUUGUGUGUACGUGUGCUGGUUUGCACAGCUGUGUGCACACAUACAUGCCGGUGUGCAUGGCUCUGUGUGGACACGGGUGUGCUGGUGUGCACAGCUCUGUGUACAUACUUGUUUUCUGGUGUGUACGAGUCUGUGUGUAUGUGGGCUGGUUUGCACACGUGUGCUGGUGUGCAUGGCUCUGUGCACACAUGUGUUGUGUGUGGAGCUCUAUACACACGUGUUGGUGUGCAGAGCUGCAUGUGCACAUCUACUGACGUGCAUGGCACUCUGCAUCUAUGUGCUGGUGUGCACAAGUGUAUUGUGGUGCGCACAGCUCUGUGCACAGAUGUGUUGAUGUGCACGGGCUCUGCAUGUGCAAGAGGGUCUGGUCACAGCUCUGUGUGCACGAGCACACGUCUGGUUGUGCUCAGGCUCUGCAAGUGUGAGUGGAUCCUUAUGUGUGGCUCUGCGUGCGUAGGGGCACGAGCAUGUGAGUGUGUGGAGGCUCCGUGUGUGCAAGCAGGUCUCAUGCACGUGGGCACAUGUACAUUGGUAAAGGCCCUGUAUGUAUGUAUGGGUGUUAUUUUGUUUUGUUUUGUUUUGUUUUGUUUUGUUUUUUUGUUUGUUUGUUUGGGUUUUUUGAGGUUGGACUCGAUGAUCUCAGAGGUCCCUUCCAACCACGGUGAUUCUGUGAUUCUG